GGCAUCAGGCACCGGAUUGUCUGGCUCGACAGCGGGCAUCGGGCCACCAGGUAUGACAGCGGGCACUGGGUCACCAGGCAUCAGGUCAUUUGGCUUGUCAGCGGGCACCGCGUCAUCUGGCAAGGCAGUGGGCUCCGAGUCAACAGGCACGACAGUGAACACCGGGGCAUCAGGUACCGGAUUGUCUGGCUCGACAGCGGGCAUCGGGUCACCAGGCAUCAGGUCAUCUGGCAAGGCAGUGGGCACCGCGUCAUUUGGCUUGCCAGCGGGCACCACGUCAUCUGGCAAGGCAGUGGGCACCGGACCAGGCACCGGAUCAUCUGGAUCAACAGCGGGC